GGCAGCACAGACUAUUUCUUGAGCAGUGGUGACAAGAUUCGAUUCUUCUUUGAGAAAGGCGUUUUUGACGAGAAAGGAAAUUUCCUGGUCCCUCCGGAGAAAUCCGUCAACAAAAUUGGCCACGCUCUGCACGCCCACGACCCUGUCUUCAAGAGCAUCACGCACUCCCCCAAGGUGCAGACCUUGGCCAGAAGUCUGGGCCUCCAGAUGCCCGUGGUGGUGCAGAGCAUGUACAUCUUUAAGCAACCUCACUUUGGCGGUGAAGUCUCCCCUCAUCAGGACGCCUCCUUCCUGUACACGGAGCCCCUGGGCCGGGUGCUGGGCGUAUGGAUCGCAGUGGAGGACGCCACGCUGGAGAACGGCUGUCUCUGGUUCAUCCCUGGCUCCCACACCAGUGGUGUGUCAAGAAGGAUGGUCCGGGCCCCUGUUGGCUCAGUGCCUGGCACCAGCUUCCUCGGGUCAGAGCCAGCCCGGGAUAACAGCCUCUUUGUGCCCACCCCAGUGCAGAGAGGGGCCCUGGUCCUCAUCCAUGGAGAAGUGGUGCACAAGAGCAAGCAGAACCUCUCUGACCACUCGCGCCAGGCCUAUACUUUCCACCUCAUGGAGGCCUCUGGUACCACCUGGAGCCCAGACAACUGGCUCCAGCCAACAGCUGAACUGCCCUUUCCCCCACUGUACACCUAAAGGCUUUCACAGGGCAGGAGCCCUGGCCCCUCCCGGGUGAAGCUGUGGGCUGCAAACAGCAGCGUCUUGCUCAGCCUCUUGGUUGCAACAGGGAGGUCUUGUCUCCCCUCCUGGGCUUUCCUCCUGCCCUGUGGGCAGCAGCCUGGGCUGGGUCAGGAGCUUCCCUAAGAUCUUCAUCUGUCUGCCUCCCUACUGCCCCAACAUAGCCUUGAGGAGGCUUCUCAGCCAUCAAAGGGUUCUGGCUCCUUCUCACUUUCCUCUCCUCUCAGAUGGAACUCUGGUUAUUAUGGUGUUAGUUAUUGAAUAAAAAUGACUUCAGAAUGCAGCU